GAUAUAAUAUUUUUGGCCUCCAGCUUAAGACUUAGAAGGACAAAAUCAUUAUGUUUAAAGCUUCACAAUGAGUCUAGCGGUUUCCAUGAGAAAUGUAGACCCAGCUUUCCAAGGAGCUGGGCAGAAAGCUGGGCUUGAAAUCUGGUGCAUUGAAAAAUCAUGCCCUGUUUCCCUUCCAACAUCAUCAUAUGGAAAGUUUUUCACUGGUGACUCCUAUAUUAUUUUGAAGACAUUUGCCUCGAAAACCGGCGUUUUACGUCAUGAAAUCCACUACUGGCUUGGUAAAGAUACAUCCCAGGAUGAAGCAGGUGCUGCUGCAGUCAAAACUAUUGAACUUGAUGCUGCUCUUGGGGGGCGUGCACUUCAAUAUCGUGAAGUGCAGGGGAAUGAGUCCGAUAAGUUUCUUUCUCUUUUCAAGCCAUGUAUCAUGCCCCAGGAAGGUGGAAUUGCAACUGGAUUCAAACAUGUUGAGGAAAGUGAAUAUAAGACACGUUUGCUUGUUUGCAAAGGGAAACAUAUUGUCCGUAUAAACGAGGUUCCUUUUGCUCGAUCCACACUCAACCAUGAUAACAUCUUUAUACUGGAUACCAAGCCCAAAAUCUUUCAAUUUAAUGGUUCCAAUACGUCCAUUCAAGAGAGAGCAAAAGCACUAGGAGUUGCCCAAUACAUUAGAGAUAAUUACCAUGAUGGGAAAUGCGAAAUAGCUUCCAUUGAGGAUGGAAAGUUGAUGGCUGAUGCUGCCAGUGGAGAAUUUUGGGCAUUAUUUGGUGGCUAUGCUCCACUUCUUAGGAAGAGUGCUCGUGAUGAAGACACGACUACCGAUUCUCUUCCAACCAAAAAGCUACUAAGUGUCGAGAAGGGGAAGGCAGAGCCUGUUGAGGCUGAUUUCCUAAAAAGAGAAUUGUUAGCCACAGAUAAAUGCUAUAUUUUGGAUUGUGGGCUAGAAGUCUAUGUAUGGAUGGGAAGAAGUACUUCUCUAGAUGAAAGAAAGACUGCAAGUAAAGCAGCUGAGGAGUUGAUCCAAGGUUCCAAUCGAUCGAAAUCCCACUUAAUUCGUGUAAUUGAGGGCUUUGAGACUGUUAUAUUUCGGUCAAAGUUCGACUCCUGGCCCCAGACCACUAAUGCUACUGUUACCGAGGAUGGUAGAGGCAAAGUUGCUGCUCUUUUACAACGCCAGGGGUUGAAUGUCAAGGGUCUUCUAAAAGUUGAUCCUGUGAAAGAAGAACCCGAAGAACAUAUUGAUUGCACCGGACAGUUGCAGGUUUGGCGUGUGAAUGGCGAGGACAAAGUUCUCCUUUCAGCUGAAAAUCAGUCAAAAUUUUACAGCGGGGACUGUUAUAUUUUUCAAUAUUCUUAUUCUGGAGACGACAAAGAAGAGCAUCUUAUAGGAACAUGGUUCGGGAAGCAGAGCAUUGAGAAAGAAAGAGCUUCUGCCAUUUCUAUGGCAAACAAAAUGGUUGAAUCGAUGAAGUUCAUGGUUGCCCAAGCUUGUAUCCAUGAAGGAAGUGAAUCCCUCCUAUUCUUUUUGAUCUUCCAGAGCUUUAUCAUGUUCAAGGGUGGUCUUAGUGAUGGAUACAAGAAUCACAUUGCCGAGAAGGGAAUCCCGGAUGAUACAUACACAGAAGAUGGUCUUGCACUGUUUCGAGUUCAGGGUUCAGGACCUGAGAAUAUGCAGGCUAUACAAGUUGAAGCAGUCGCAUCGUCCUUGAACUCCUCCUACUGUUACAUACUACAUAGUGGUACCACUGUCUUCACAUGGAAUGGAAGCAUGACUUCCCCAGAUGACCAGGACCUUGUUGAGAGACAACUAGAUCUAAUAAAGCCUGAGUUACAAACCAGGCCACAAAAGGAAGGAGCAGAGUUCGACCAGUUCUGGGAAUUGCUUGGAGGAAAAGCCGAACACCCAAGCGAAAAGAUCUCAAGAGUACCUGAAGGUGAUCCUCAUUUAUUCUCAUGCACAUUCUCAAAAGGAACUCUGAAGGUGACAGAAAUAUAUAACUUCACACAGGAUGAUUUGAUGACUGAAGAUAUAUUCAUCCUAGAUUGUCACUCAAAUAUCUUUGUUUGGGUGGGACAACAAGUUGAUACCAAGAAUAAAUCACAGGCCUUAACAAUCGGGAAGAAAUUUAUUGAGCACGAUUUUCUAUUCGAAAAACUAUCUCGUGAAACUCCGAUAUACGUAGUCAUGGAAGGGAGUGAGCCGCCCUUCUUCACACGUUUUUUUACAUGGGACGCUGCCAAGUCCAAUAUGCAUGGAAACUCGUUUCAAAGGAAACUAGAUAUAAUGAAACAUGGGGGAACACCGGUAGAUAAACCCAAGCGGAGAGUAACCGCAUUCGGAGGAAGGUCAUCUAGCACGCCAGAAAAACCGCAGCGUUCGAGAAGUGUGUCCUUCAGCCCCGACCGACCUCGUGUGAGGGGCAGGUCUCCUGCCUUCAAUAAACUUGCAGCUAAUUUCGAGAAUCCUAAAGAUAGGAACUUUUCUACUCCGCCCCCAAUGGUUUCAAAACUCUAUACCAAAUCCGGAACACAGGAGGUAGGGACAAAGUCCGCAGCUAUAGCAGCUCUUACUCAAACUUUCGAUCGUGCCAAAAUUCGAGAGUCUCUCAUGCCUAGAACCGUGAAAGCGAGCCCGGCAGCAUCGAAAGCAACAGCAGAGACUAACACAAAGGAGAGUUCCAGGAGCAGCAGACUAGAAUCCCUCUCUAUACAAGAAGGUAUAAAAGAGGGUGAGAACGAAGACGAUGGAGACGAGGAAGGUGUUCCGAUAUACCCUUACGAGCGUCUUAAAACAACAUCAGAAGAUCCCGUCACUGAAAUAGAUGUGACCAAGCGAGAGACUUACCUGUCAUCUGCGGAGUUCAAGGAGAAGUUGGGGAUGAAAAGGGCAGAAUUCUAUAAGUUGCCAAAGUGGAAACAGAACAAGCUCAAAAUGGGAGUUCAACUGUUCUAACUCUCCUUGCUGCAGGUGGAAGAAGACUUGCUU